CGUCCCCUGUUAUGAUUCCCCCGACCAAAACCAAGCAGCUCUUCUUCUUCCUCAUAAAUACAUCUCUUCUUCCUCUCAGACCGUACUGUACCAAAAAUCAUCUUCUUCCUCUCAUAUCGGUCUUCUUCUUCAGGGGAAAAAAGUUUUUCUUUUUGUGUAUACGGAGAGUAAAAAUGCGGAUGAGUUGUAAUGGGUGUAGAGUUCUGAGAAAAGGGUGUAACGAAAACUGCAGUAUAAGGCCAUGUCUUCAAUGGAUCAAAUCUGCUGAAGCUCAAGCCAACGCCACCGUCUUCCUUGCCAAGUUCUACGGCCGAGCCGGCCUCCUCAACCUCAUCAACGCCGGUCCCGACCACCUCCGUCCUUCGAUUUUUAGGUCGUUGUUGUACGAGGCAUGCGGAAGGAUUGUGAACCCGAUCUACGGAUCCGUGGGGUUGUUGUGGUCGGGAAACUGGCACUUGUGCCAAGCCGCCGUCGAGGCAGUGAUGAAGGGCUCUCCGAUCACCGCGCUCGCCUCUGAGGCGGCGGAGACCGGCGAAGCUCCUCCGCUUAAGGUCUAUGACAUCCGCCACGUGCCCAGGGACGAUAACGCCGGUGGCGGCGGAGGAGACGGUGGACGAGUCGUAAAGAGCCGGUGCCGGUCAAAGAGAGCCGCUGGGACGACGAAGCCGCGGAUGCCCGACGUGGCGGAGAAGAUGCUGCUUCCGGCUGCGGAUGCGGCGGAGUCUGGCCAUGCAUGCGGCGGGUCGACGAGUCACGACUCGUCGCUGAGUCACCAGUCCGAGUUUCUGGCAGCUGAAGCCGGCGGAGACAGUAAGGACGAGGAGAGUAUGGUGUCGGAGGAGCCGACGGCGAUAAGCCGUGCACCGGUGGAGGAGAUCGGGCUCGAGCUGACGCUGGGGCUCGAGCCCAUGUCACGCGACGGUCACGCGAAGAAGAGGAAGGUGGAGGUUCGUGGCACGUGCGAGGAUGACGACUCGUGUAGGAUCGAGCUUGGGCUCGAUUAUGUUUAAAUGGGGAAGAUUGCCAACUGGGAAGAGAAGGGCAUGACUGCGUUUCGCGUUUCAAACGCUACUCUUUUCGCGUCGUCGCGACUGUGAAAGUUUUGGUGGCUCGGACUAAGUGUAGACUUUUUGUUCAGUAGUGUUCUCAUUUUUUUUUUGUUUUUUUUUGGGGUUUUAGGAGUUUGUGAUGAACAAUGAAGAGAUAAACUAAUAGAGAUGAAUAAGACUUGUGUUUUUUUUUUAA